CAACAAGUCGUUCAUUCUUCGAAAAGGAACUUUAAACAAAAACAGCAAAAAAACACGCCAAGUUAGGGAUUUGGCUGGAUGAAAAAGGAGACGUAUCGUCAACAAAAUAUGUCGAGCGUUCACAGUCCAUCUUCCUCUCCUAAACUAAGACCACUGAGUCCAUUCAUAGCAAAAUUAAAAGUUUUACUUAGCGAAAACAAAUACCAGGAUGCAAUAAGAUGGUCUGGCAAUGGAGAAGCAAUUGUGAUUUUUGAUGCCGAUACGUUCAAACGUAUUGUUCUGGACAAGACGGCGGAAAUGUUCAAGACAAAGAACUUCACAAGUUUCGUUCGUCAGUUGAAUUUAUACGGCUUUCGAAAAGUACCGACCAGCGGGAAAUCUGAUCCAAAUAAAAAUAUGAAGUUUGAACACCCCAACUUCACACGAAGCAAGCCUCAAAUGAUGCAUCUUGUUCAGAGAACCUGUCCUUCUACCAAAAAGCGCAAAAAUAGUAUUUUGGGCCCUUUUUACGAUGAGAAAAGUCGUGGUAGGAGCGCAAGGUCUGCUAAAAACACCGAAUGCUACACUAGACGAAAUGCAGCGUGGUUUCACGAUUACUAUAUGCAUGCAAGUACCAAAGAAGGCAGCAACGAAACUUCACAAGAUCAUGAACAGUUUGCAUUAGAUUACAUGUACCAGAAAUUUCAGGAAGAGCAGCACGCAGUUCAACUGUUAAUGUAUUUAAAGUACUCACCUCCCAAUCCACAAAUAUUUCCAGGAGUAGUUUGGGAACCACAACUAAAUGAAAACCUUUAUUCCAUGCCAUUUUCUGCAGCAGCCACUGGAAACUUCUCAAACAUAGGGAUGUGCCAUUGUUUGAGUUGCCGUCCGUUGUGCUAUCAGUCCACUGAAACAGCCAGGCAAAAUUAACAUUUUUUUACUAAACUGGUUCACUUACUGGCCAUAAAGCUUUUUGAAUUUCAUGUUUUGCACUUAACUGCUUUCUAUAUUUAAUUAUUGAAAAAUAUUGGAGUAUGAAAUUAUUGUAAAUGAUAAUUAAAAUUUAGUCUAUUGUACAAACUUAAAAACAUAAAUAGUUCAUAUGCUGGACAUAUAUUGUUUCCUAUGCUGACAAUUGAUUUUGUACUUGUAAUGUAAAUACGUUGAUUUAAAAAAAGCCAUUGAAUUAGCAACAGUUGGGUAAAAUAAAUACACCACAGUUUUAUGAUACAAA